UUUCAGGGUCUUUUUACCCCAGUUUAUCAUCUCUCUGGGUAGAAAAUUGCACAGCAGAUGCCCAGGCUGGGAACCUAUACAGAACUUCACCCUUAAUUGCUGACCCAAACUUUCAGGGUAAAAAGCUAACCCAUAUUGCCAAUUACAGACAGAGCACCACCGUUCUCAACUUGUUCUGCGAUCGGGAACGUGGUGUCUUGGAGAUGUUGGAACUGACAAGUGAUCAAUGAACCAGAACAAAAUCCAGCUGGUCAGUCAGCCAUAGAAAAUGCCAUCAGAAGGAAGACUAAGAGUCUGCCUCAGUGAUUACUCAACUGGAUCGAAGUUCAGCUGAACCCUCAGCCGUGGCAAAAGUCAGCAAGAAUAUUGUUCAAGAAAUAAUCACCUGCAGUCAGAACACUGAAGCCCUGAGAGUCAUUCCCAGUGGUCAGUUUGCCAAAUAGGAAAGCGAAAGAAGAUACCCAUUGCAACAUACAAUAGCAACGGUGAUCAGUGAUCCUGGAGAGAACAAGUGAUAGUAACAUUUGAUAGGGUUUCAACCUCCACGCUACUGCACUGGCACUGUGAGUCUUGAGGCGUUACACCAAUUGUUACAUCUGUUAUAUACGUAACUUGUUCUUCUUGUUAGUGUUGUCGUUCAAAUCGAGCAGACCAAAAUAUAACUGGUGUUUUAUAGACGUGUCGGUAUAUGUACUGUAAUGAUACAUUAAUAUUUUGUUCAAAAGUUUGACUCGUGGAGACUGUGGGUAUUGCUGUAGUCCUGUCGCUACACACACACACACACACACACACACACACACACACACACACACACACGCACACACACACACACACACACUCACUCACUCACGCAUGCAUACAUGCAUCUACACAUGUGCUGCAUUUCUUUCAAGUCUCUCUCGCUCUCUCUCUCAUUCUGUUAAAUACCUUGCCUCAGCGAUUUCUCUGUCUCUUUUUUCUCUUUCUCUCUAGUUAAAUAGGGUAGAUAAAUAGAUAAAUAUAGCUUAUCCUAUUUCCUUAAAUAGUUCCCUUCCAACUCUUUCUCUUUCCUUCCCGUUCUCUUACGCAUUCUCACUCUAUUACCAACAUUUACACAAAUGUCCUCACGCAUAGCUUUGUGUCCUUCUUGUGAAAAGCUUCUUCCAAGUUCCACUCAUAUUAUCCCACUUCAACAUUUCCAGUAAACUUGGUAACAUACCCAUACACCUUCAUUUGCAUCCAUACAAAUCUACACAUUCAAGCAUGGGAACAGACAAUAUAAAGGCAUGCACAAUACAUGCACAUUACUCCUCAAGUCACGAGGUAAUUUUCAGUCAGCCAUAACAAAAAUCAUCAAAAGGGAGGUCUAAAAGUUCACUGUGAUUACUGAACUGGAUCAAAAUUCCGCUGAUUCUUCAAACGAGGCAAAAAUCACUCGGUAUUUGAAAUCUUAAUUUGUCUAUGGACCUGGUAAAAAUAACCACUACAGGAGAGUACAAUAGUAUGUUGGUCUGUAUGUGCGACCUGGACAUAUGUUACGGAUUUCAAAUACCAAACCUCUUCAUUCCAGCUUACAGUAUUUCCAAGAACUUUGUCUCCAAAUCUUCUUCGACCCAACCAUCUGAGUGGUCAUCUAUGAUGAAUGCGUAUUACUGCAAAUUGCUCAUGUCUCUCACAAUCAAGUGAUUUUAAAAGUACCAGCGAUAGUCCAGCGAGAACACGACUUUCUACUAGUAUACCACUGACGAAGCCAGUCUGCUGCCAGUAUAAACAAUAGUCUAUUGUGAAUACACUUUAGAAACAGUAUAGUCCAGUAAACAUAAUCCAUUUACUGCCAUACCAACAGCAGAAUUGAAAACAUCUCUCUACCACUUUAACAAAGUUAGUCAACGGUAUAAACAUCAUUUUACCAGUGUACUAAUAGUAGUCCAAUGGUAGUCCACAUUUUACUAUAUACCAAGAGUAGUCCACAGCGAACAGAACGUAGUACUAAUAUACCUCAGUGAACAUAACCCUGUUACUGGUACACCAAUGGUAGAAGACAGUAAAAGCAAAAACAUCUUUCUACCGGUAUGUCAACGGAAGUCCUCUGUAAAUAACCAUAUAAUGAAAUAAAUAACCAAAUAACCAUACAGUUAUUUGAAAUGGUUCAUGGUCUCCCAGAGAAUACACUAACCAUAUAAAUUUUAUUUUUCAACAAUCCAUAUACAGCUAUACAUGGUUCAUGGUAUUCUAGAAAAAUUACCAACCAUAAAUCAGUUACUUAUGCACAUGAUCGUAUAGCUCUAUAAUGCUCAUCCACCGUCCAUACAGAGCUUAUUACCCAUAUAAAUUUGCCUAUGGUUCAUUUUUCUCCUGAGAAAACACCAGCCAUAUAAAUGACCACGGUCCAUAUAUAGUUUACUGACUUAAUAUAUCCACAUACGGUUCAGGAUCUUUUUGAGAAUACACCAACCAUACAAGCCGAUUACUCAGAAUCUGUAUAAUGCUUAUUGGCUGCAUAAAUCCACCAACAGUUUAUGGUCUUCUGGAGAAUACAUCAACCAUAUAAUAAUUAUCCAUCCACAACCCAUGUACAACUUAUUGACUGUUAUAUUCCAACAAAAGCCUGUCAAAGUACAUCAACAGAUUUUCCCAGUCGUACAGAUUCCAUUGAUGGUUAAACUGUGGUACCCCACCUUACAAGCUUAACGUUUCAGUUUUCUUUCUGUGCCAAAGAAACCUCUCAACCAUGACCGAUUCAAAAUUCAACAAGCCACAGAAGCUUCUCCAGAAGUUAUGGGAGUUUUUAUGCUGCCAACAAGGUGUGAAGAGCUGCUGCGACUGUCACUGGUUUCAGGAGAAAAAAAUCUCGAAAAGUGACAUCCAGCAUUCAGUGCAUAAUCCCCGUCUUGACUCGACGAGCAGUCACAGCGAGAGCAUCUCGUCACGGGAUCGCGUCGACUCGAUCGACAGCCGUGCCCGUACAGACUCUACGUCGUCUACAGGAACGCUGAUGAAUGAUUAUCGACGCGCCGGUAAGACACCCAUCAUCGAUAUGAAACCGAUAGAAUUCUGGGCAGCAAAUCGCGAGAGCAUUCAACCACGUCCAAAACGGCGUCAUCCGAGUGAAGCGGAAAUCAGUGUCGAAAAUUUCCAGCGAGAACUGUACGAGGUAAACAAGAGCGAGGGGUUAACCGAUGAACAAAAACUAGUCAGGUAUCAACUCGGUCAGAUCCACUUCGGACUUCAAUAUGAUGUGUCAGAAAAGGUCCUUAUGGUUAAAAUUAUCGAGGCUAAAGACUUACCGGCACCGUACUGCCUGGAUAAGGAACGUCAAGAUAUGGCCCGGUCGAACCCUUACUGCAAGAUCUCCUUGCUUCCAGACCAAAAGAACUCGCAGCAGUCAACAGUACAGCGCAAGACACAGGACCCAACUUGGAACGAAUAUUUCAUGUUUGAGAUUCCUUAUAAAGAAGCUCAGAUGAGAAUUCUUGAGAUUUUAGUCAAAGACUUUGAUAAAUAUUCCAGACAUUGUGUUAUUGGCCAAUUCCAUUUGGCACUCAACUCAGUCAAGCUAAUCAAGGGUGGUCACAUGUGGAAACCAUUGUCACCAAGUUCAAAGGAGAGACAUGACCUUGGUGAGAUCCUUCUCUCACUCAAUUAUUUGCCAAGUGCUGGGAGACUAAAUGUGGACAUCAUUAAAGCUAAACAGCUGCUACAGACAGACCUGGUUGGAGGUUCAGAUCCAUUUGUGAAGGUAACUCUGACCAUCAAUGACAAGAUCAUAAAAUGUAAGAAAACUACCUGCAAAAAAAAUACAAUUGACCCAGUUUUCAAUGAGUCGAUCAACUUCAACGUAUCGCCCCGUCAACUGGCGAAUGCAAGCCUAGUUGUGUCCGUGUGGGAUUAUAACUCGAAGAGCAAGGACGAUUUCGUUGGACGUAUCGUUCUCGGUAAGAUGGCUACAGGUCCGCAUGAAAUUACGCACUGGUCUCGUAUGGUACAGUCACAGCGUUCGGCCAUCGCUCAGUGGCAUUCGCUGCGCACGCGCCAAGAAUGUGAUGCCGUCUCAGCUGCAUCGAUUGCUGUUCCUUGAGACUUAGGAGACAUUGAAACUGUUUGCAAUUGCACGUCCAGAAAUCAUACUGAUUUAUAUAUACACAAAUAGACUAAAACACACACACGCAUAUAUACAUACACUCUCUCUUUUCCUCUCUCCUUCACCUUCUCUCUCUCUCUCUGCUUAAGCUAUCUUAGUAACAUAUGUCACCAAAGACAUGACCAACAAACAACUACUAAAACUAUCACCUAAACCUCAAAAAAGCAGUAACACGAUCAUUAAAACUAUCAAUUAUACAAGACCAUUAACGUAACCUCUAAAACUAUGACCAAUACGAUAACAGAACUACUACACCAACUCAACCGCCAGACUAAGACCUAUAGAGCACUGAAGCAUCACCAUUAACACAAUCAUUAAGACUACAACUUCACCACUAAAACUACCGCUUACACAAUGACUGAGCUACUAUACAGUAACCCAACUACUAAUACUGUCACCUACGUAAUAACGUUGCAACACCACUAGUACAGUUAAUCCAACCUAUACAACAGAACAAAUACAGCACUAACUGCAACACCACUUCCCUCCACACCCACAACACCAAUACCUCUACUUCUACCAUCAUCACUACUACUACUACUACUGAUGCUGCUGCUGCUGCUGCUGCUACUACUACUACUACUACUACUACUACUACUACAAUAGCAGCAAAUACAACAUGUAUAAUCAACACCAUAGUAGUAUGAGCAACUUCAAACAUGUGUGUCAAUAUAUAUUUCAAUGUUUGUGAGACCCUCUUGCUCUCCUCCUCCCCCCUCUAGUUAGCCCUCACCUAUCUAGUCUCCCUACAUUCAUAUGUUGAGUUGGCUCCUCCUUGCUGUAGUUAUCCAAACUCUCCUUUUAAUAUAUUCAGAAUGAAUCUUGUAUCCUGUAUUUCUCCGUAUAUAUUCCUUGUGACUUUCUCAAUAUGUUGGUCACACAAAAGCUGAAACGUGGACGGGUAUUUUACCUGCUAAAGAUAACAAGCCACCCCGCAAAUACCCUGCAGUCUUAAAAAUCUCAAAAAGCAAACAGAUAUAAACUAUAAUCAGGCUUUUCCCUAACCAUGUAAAUCAACCUUAAGCGAUUGCUUCUUAAUUUCUUGCAAUUAUAAGGUGGCAAGCUGGCAAAAUCGUUAGCACGCCAGGCAAAAUGCUUAGUGGCAUUUCGUCUGUCUGCACAUUCUGGGUUCAAAUUGUUUUUCAUCUUUUUGAGGGCUCAAUAAAUUAAGUACCAAUUGACCAUUGAGGUCAAUGUAAUCGGCUAGCACCCCCCCACCACCAAAUUCCUGGCCUUGUGUCAAAAUUUGAAACCAGUUUCAUGCAAUUAUCUCCCCUUUUACUUUGAGAGUCACUAACUAUUGCUGUCAGAAUAUUCUUUUCUGUGCCCAACUAAGAGGGAAAUUUUCCAAUAAUUAAGAGCUUUGGGUAUUUGACAUACAGUAUUAAUACAUCACUCCUAAAGUUAUUAGUCUUAGAUACAUUAUAUCUAAAUAAAAUAGGAUGGUCACAGAUGAAAACCUUUGAUCAGGACUGACAUGGGACUAAUUAACUACGGUUUCCUCUCUGGAUAUUAUUUCUGCCUCCUCUCUGUUAAUUGCAUUGCUUGUUCAUUGCUUCUGCCUCCAGCUCUUUUAAUUCAUUAGUGGCAAUACUACUUGAUACUAACACCAGAUCAUUCUAACUGUUUCACAUCUCAUAGAAUUAACACAAUUCCUUCACUCACCACACUUAAUUCAAAAUGGUGGUUAUGUUGCUAUUUAUCCAUUUCUACUCCCAGUUUAUUCAACUUUGGUCACAAGUUAGCGAGAGAGAGCUUCUUUAUUGUCAUUUGACUUGUUCAAUAUAAUCAUCCUAAAUUUCCUUUCACAAACUCCCUUCCAUAAGAUUUAAGCUCUAAAUAUCAAAACAACAUACGGUGAGGAUAUAAGAAUGAAAGAAAAAAAUGCCAAAAAAAAAAAAAAAGAAACCAAUGGAAUCAAACAAGACUGCAAAUCAGUUUCAAACAUGGAUGGAAAAUUGUUCACAUUACUUACACUGCUAAUAUUCUUGUGAAAUGCAUGAAUGUCUUAACUUCAUAUUUACUGGCUACUCAAAAAUAUAAAGCUUUUGUUCUAGUAAAAAGAAAUUAAUACUCUCACAGCAUAUGAUGAGUGACGUAGAGAAGAAGAUAAAAUGCACAUUUAGUGACCGUAAAAAUGCAGGUUCUAUCGGUGGUUGAGAAAUAUUUUACGCUGUUUCAUAAAUCUUUUACAUUUUGGGAAAAAGCACAAUUCCUUACAAUGUCCCACAUUUUGUCGCCUCAACCAAGAAAGAAAUCAAUUUUACAACAACAACUUUUACACUUAUAAAGCAGGAUGACAUAAAGAAUAAAGAAAAAAACUAUGAGCAAACUAAAGAGAAAGAAUCUUUGAUUGUUGGCUCUUAGAUUGCUCUUGGAUUACUUGUUUAACCACCUCCAUGGACAUGUGUCAUGUAUUCAAGCAGAAAUAAGUGAAGAUACCUAACAUGAAUAACAACAUCAACAAAAAUACGAGGCCAGUCAGGUUACAAAAUAUUUUCUCAUUCUGAGAGGUUAUUCUACUACAACCUGUUUUAUUAAUAAACAUGUUCAUAAGA